CUUGUCACUUUAUUUUUGCUCCAUCGUCGGAAGUGAGUGUUUGCACUGCAACUUAUUGCAGAGGCCAUUAUGUGCCAUCUCCACGAACAAGCAAAUAAUAUCGCGAAGCCUUAGGAAUUUCCCUCGACACCUCCCGUCAAUCUCGGAACUGCGUGGCACAGCGCCGCCGCCAUCCAUCGCGAUCGCAGAACUCGAAUUUCGAAGGAGGGAGUGCUCCAGGUCGCGGAGACAAUGUCGACCUUACAUGCUGGCUCCAGCUCUCCGGGCACUGGCAUAUUUGUCAUUAACAGAGCGAGAAUACUCGUGGUGGUAUCGUUAAUAUUGACAUGGACAAUUGCGAGCCUGUUACCAAGAUAUAAGCAAACGGUCCUCGACCUAGGAAGAGAAAGGUACAAUGAUGCCAUCGAACAUUUGCCCGCCGUCAAAGUCGACUGGCACCCAAAAUACGACCCGAAAUCCCAAUUCAAUGCCUCGAAAGUCGCCCUCAUGAUCGAGCCUCGCCCGCUCCCGCAUCUUGUUCCCCAGAUCCUGCACAUGAUUUCCGUGGUUCCUCCGGACUGGAGAUUCAUGUUCAUCGGCUCGAAUAAGAGCGUCAUCAGCGUCUCCAGAAGCUUUGCAACCCAGUACCAGGAAGCAAAUGGGAAACUGGAUCUGGUGGUCCUGCCAAAGCCCUGGUCGAUCGAGAGCAAAGAGGGCGUCUACAGGUUGCUCACGGAUCUGCGAUUUUAUGAUGAAUUCAUGCCAGAAGCCGAGUGGUUGUUGAAAUUCGAGUCCGAUAGCAUAAUGUGUGCCAGAUCAGACGAUAGCUUAAAUGACUGGCUGCACUACAGCUGGGCGGGAGCUCCGAGAUCCGCAACGGACCGGUUCGCUGGAAACGGAGGACUCUCCUUACGCAGAAUAUCAGCAGUCAGACAAAUAUUGAACUUCCAAGCACGAUAUAACGAUACAGAGCCAGAGGAUGAAUGGUUCGGGAAACGACUUACGGUUCUACCAGGAGCGAAGAUAGCGAAUGGACAGCAAGAAGAUCAUUUCUCGGUCGAAUCAGUAUGGCAUGAGAAGCCCAUGGGAUACCACGUCCGAGACGGCGGAGAGAAUCUCGCAGACGACGUAUGGAAGGACCCCCAAAGGAGAAAGGAGAAUUUCGAAUACUGCCCAGAACUCUCGAUGAUCAUGCCCAUGAAGCUGGAACGAGAAAGAUGUGAAGGCGACAACAAGCAGGGUGAAAUCGUUGGAGAGAGGAAGGGAGGAGGCAGAGAGUAAAGAUCUGACGGUCUCGAUAUUGGGAGAUCAUCUGUUCUGUAAUUUUAGCGUUCCCAGUUCGCCGAUUUCUAUGCAUGCAUUGGAGAUACGCAAAUAGGAGAUAUCUGGGGAUGGUGAUUUUCGUGGUCUGGUCUGGCGUCUGGGGGUGUCCGGAUUUUGAUGCUCAAUUGGAAAAGGGGUUCGGUAGAAGAUACACAACAAAUCCAUGGCCAUGUUCAUUCAAUUUGCUGUGUUUUAAGGUGUUUGUUUGUGCAUACUUGAUUAUAUUUGGGAUAUCACUAUCAAUCUUUCCGGAGGCUUCAUGUCAUCAAGCAUAUCAGGCAUGGUAGAAAACAUUCUGAAGGAAAUCCAAGCUGAUCUGAGGUUCAAGGACAUUCAUUUCGUUACUGUCAAUUUAGAUUAUCUCCAGUCAAGCUGCUUAGAAUCAAAAGAACCUCCC